CAUCUACUUACAGGAAGUUGCUUGUCGCCGGUCCAGUGAUAUGGCAGCACCCAGUAAUUUCACUCGUUUGUAAGGUUGCACGACUAGGGAUAUCCAUAUUCUUAAGACCAUUAGUUGGCUGUGCUUAUACAUAUUGAACUGUCACACCUAGCUUGGUACGGAAUGGGUGGAACCAGUAGCACCCGCCGAGUAACAGUAGAGAUGGAGGACGAGGAUGGAAACGGUGUAGUGAAGAUAUCAGAGUCAAUGGCAAGAAGACUUGCAGGCGAAGGAGACUCUUCUCCAAGAGAACCUAGAAAAGCUGCAGCACAGCAUGUUUCACAGCCCGCUCUCCCAUCGGCUACUGCCCCUAAAAUGGUACCACCUAUGGGCUAUCCUGUCCCAUCUGGAAUCAGUCAACAGGAACAUGAAGAAGAGAUUCGAAGAAUAGAAAGCUACUACAAAGAGAGGCAGCACGCACUGGAACAGAGGAAUGUAGAGCAAUACAGCCUUACAAAGGAGGAAUUUGAAAAUGCACUAAAACAAGUACAUGCCAAGUUUGUAAAACAACCGAAAACGCCUAUUUGUGGGGAUAUGGAAGAGCGUGUAAUGAAAUGCUAUGAAGCCAACCGAGGACAAACUCUACUCUGCUCCCAAGAGGCAAAAGCAUUUGUCCAGUGUGUCGACCACACUAGAGGGAAUGUUGUCACGAGGGUAGGCUGAAUCAACAGGAAAUACAAGAGCAAGAAUACAAUCAGCUAAUUACGAAUGUGUCAUCUCAGUUGUUGCUGGUGUUUUAUUGGCAAUCAGUGGUAACUCAUUCAACUAUUUUAGAAUUUUCCCAGUUUAGAAAACUGUGCUACUUAUGCAAAGUAUUAACAAUUUAAAUUAUUUUAAUCUCUUUAACGAUACCAUGUGCAGUUCUUUCAUAAAGCUAUGUAAAAGCACAUCGUUAUUGUUAGGAGAACGUGGUUAUUCUUGCAUGAGCACCAUUUAAAUUUAUAACACAUUAAUAUUACAGCUAUCAGUUAUCUGCAGUAUGUGUAAAGACUCAUGGUUAGUUUUGUCACCAAGAAACACACAAUGUGGUUUGAUUGCAAAAGGUUAUAGUGCAUUUUUAGUGAAAUAAAAGUAUGUUGUAUAGUUAAUAACCAA